AAUUACUCUCUCAUCAAAGCCCCCAUCUCUCUUCCUCUCCCCCCAAAUCUCUUCUCACAUUGUAAAACCCAUUACCAUCAUCAUCCACAUCUCUCUUCCUCUUUUUCUUCCUCUUCCUCUUCCAUGUGAGAGAGAGAGAGAAGGAGAGAGAUUAAAAUAAAAAAAAAAUCCACACACACACCUCAACAACACCACCCAUGGCUUCCACAGGUGACGAUCAAUCCAAACAAGCCUCCGUUACAGGGUACCCUCCAGUCCCAGGCUUCUCCCCCCAACAACAACAAUACCCACCUCAACCCUACCCUCCACAAUACCAAAACUACCCUCCACCACCCUACUACCCCAACCCCCACAACAACCCUUACCCCUACACCGCCCCACCACCCGCCGCCUACUACUCCCAACAAUACGCCGCAGCACCGCAUGAAUCCUCGGGCCGAUUCACAUUUGUCCGAUUCAUCCUCACCAUGAUGAUCGCCCUAUUCCUCGGCGCAUUCCUCCUCAGCCUCCUCACCUUCCUUAUCUUCGGCGCAGACGUCCCACAAUUCUUCAUACAAUCCAUGUCAGUCCCGGAAUUCAACGUCUCGGGGCACGCUUUGAGAGCGAAUUGGGACGCAAACAUUACUAUCAGCAACUCUAACGAGAAACUAGUACUUUUUUUCGAGAAAAUCGAAGGCGUGAUCGUACACGAAGAGACUGUGCUGGCAUUGGCGAUAGCUGAGCAUAUAAAUGUGGGGACUAGAGGGGAAACGACAUUUAAUAUUAAAUUUGUGUCGGCGACUAGUUCGAAUCACCAGGAGGUGGUAAUGGGAGAGCAUCCGGAUUUGGUGAGGGAUCGGAAUAAACAGGAGGUGAGUUUCGCGUUGAGGAUGAUGGCGACGACGACGUUUAGGUCGAGCUCGUUGUGGAGGAGACAGGCCAGUCUGAGAGUGUUUUGUGAAGAAUUGCAUUUCAAGUUUGCUGGGCCGGCCGGUGCCGGAACUUUGGUGGCCGCCAGUGACCGGAAAGAUCAUCGGAAUGAGUGUUUGGUUUAUGCUUGAAUGAAACUUUUUUUUUUUUGUUUUUUUCUUUUUGUUGUUGCUGUUGGUGGUUUGGUUACAGGGCGAUGAUUAAACUCUUCAUUUGAAUUUGCUAGUUUUUGAAUUUAAUGAUCCCGUAAUAAUAAAUUUAUAUUUUUUUUG